AAAGCGCAAGCCUCCCCCGUUCACACAUCAUCAGUGUUGCGCGCGGGGCACAACACAGAGAAGAGCCUUCGUUGCCCUCUUCUUCGCGGCUCUCUCUUCAGAAUUCUGUAAAGUUAUCCACACAUAUAGAUGUCUCAAAUAUACAUCUGAAGAUUUUGUUCUCUGACUUGCGACGAAUCCCUCCUGUUUUUACUUUGUAGCUGCAUAGCUCAAGGGCUUUAUGAGCUGAGAGAUGUCUGGGUGAGGUGAUUUUUACGCACGCUGCUGAGAUGGAUCCCAGACUCUCCAGAGGCAGCUGGGUGCCGGUGACUGGUCUGGUUAUAAGUCUGCUUCUGUGUGCAUGUGUUGUGGACUUGGUUCUUGCACAAAUUCGGUACUCAAUUCCCGAAGAGCUGGAACAUGGAGCCUUUGUGGGCAACAUCGCGGAGGACCUGGGUUUGGAUGUGGCCAAGCUAUCAGCGCGUCGGUUUCGAAUCGUCUCCGGGGCAAAGAAGCAGUAUUUAGAAGUCAACUUGGAAAACGGCAUCCUCUUUGUGAACGAAAAGAUAGACAGAGAGGAGCUGUGUGAACGAAGUCCCGGCUGCUUUCUGCACUUACAAGUGGUCAUUGAAAACCCACUCGAGCUGUACAGAGUGGAAGUUGAGAUUUUAGAUGUAAACGACAACUCUCCCAGUUUCCCGUGGAGUGAAUUUAACCUUGACAUCACGGAAUCUGCUGCGCCAGGUUCCCGUUUCCCGUUAGAGAGCGCGCAGGACCAGGACGUGGGCACCAACUCUCUGCGCUCCUACCAGCUGAGCGCAAACGAACACUUCAUACUGAAUAUACAGACGCGCAACGAUGGAAGCAAGUUUGCGGAGCUCGUGCUGGACAACCCUCUGGACCGGGAACAGCAGAAAAAGCACGAAAUGGUUCUAACUGCCUAUGACGGAGGGUCACCUGAACGGUCCGGGACAGCGUUGAUAACUAUUACAGUGCUGGACGCCAACGACAACGUGCCUGUGUUUGACCGCUCCGUUUACCGAGCGAGCCUGGUGGAGAACGCACCGCGGGGAACGCUGGUGCUGAAACUAAACGCCACAGACUUGGAUGAAGGUUCGAACGGGGAGGUCAUUUAUGCCUUCAGCGGGCACGCACCGCUGAAGGUGCGCGAGCUGUUCAGCGUGGACCCGUACAUGGGUGAGAUCCGAGUCAAGGGCGUUGUGGACUAUGAGAAAGCCAGUGUUUAUGAGUUGUACGUGCAGGCAAAAGACAGGGGACCGUCAGCGGUGGCGGUUCACGGCAAAGUACUGGUGGACAUCCUGGAUGUGAAUGACAACGCGCCCGAAGUCAUCCUCACCUCUGUGUCUACACCUGUCCAGGAAGACGCCCCGCCGGGCACCGUGAUAGCCGUGAUAAGCGUGAUGGACCGGGACUCGGGAGAGAACGGGAACGUGGACUGUCAAAUUCCGAACAACGUUCCCUUUCAGCUCCACUCAUCUUUCAAAAACUAUUAUACUCUGGUGACAAGCGAGUUCCUGGACAGAGAAACGAUGUCUGAGUACAACAUAACUCUCACGGCGCGGGACUUGGGCUCUCCUUCUCUGUCCACCAGAAAAACAAUCCUUGUUCAAGUGUCUGACAUUAACGACAACCCCCCGCGGUUCUCCCAACCUUCAUACACAGUUUAUGUGACCGAAAAUAACGCUCCGGGCGCUUCCAUUUGCUCUGUCUCUGCAUUUGACCCUGAUUCUAACCAGAACGCCUAUCUGUCUUAUUCUAUUCUCGAGGGUCAGAUUCAGGGCAUGCCUGUGUCCACUUAUGUCUCAAUCAACUCGGACAACGGAAAUAUCUACGCUCUGCGCUCUUUCGAUUACGAGCAACUUAGAAACUUUCAGAUUCUGGUUCAGGCACAGGACGCCGGCUUCCCCCCGCUCGCGAGCAAUGUCACAGUGAACGUCUUUGUGUUGGACCAGAACGACAACGCACCUGUCAUCGUAUCGCCGCUGCCCAAAAACGGCACCGUGGCCACAGAGGUGGUUCCACGGUCCGUGGACGCGGGGUAUUUGGUCGCCAAAAUAACGGCGUUGGACGCGGACGCUGGGCAGAACUCAAGGCUGUCCUACCAGGUCGUUCAAGCCACAGACCCGGGGCUGUUCAGCGUGGCUCUGUACACGGGGGAAAUCCGGACCAUUCGCCGCUUGGUAGAAAAAGACGCAACAAGGCAAAGACUAGUCAUAUUAGUCAAGGACAAUGGACAGCCGCCGCUUUCCGCCACCGUCUCCAUUGUCCUGACAGUGGUAGACAGCGUGCCCGAGUCGCUGUCAGAUUUCGGAGACCUCACACUCAGCCCACAGCCCCCUUCCAACCUCGCCCUGUACUUGAUCGUGUCACUGAGCACGAUAUCCUUAAUAUUCCUGGUGGCUAUUAUCGUGCUGGCCGCGGUCAAGUGUUACAAGGACAGGGAGACCCACAGCGGCUACGACCUGCCCCCGUUAGCCUGCUGCUGCUGCGGGGGGUUUCAGGCGGAGCCUCCACCUGAGGUGUUCAAAAAAUCCAAUCUCAACCUGCAGAUUUCGUCUGCCGCCAAAGUGCCCACGAACUGUAUGGAGGUGAAUGGAAAUAGCAGUCUCUCUCAGUCAUAUUGUUAUAAAGUGUGUCUAACCCCCGAAUCAGCCAAAAGUGACUUUAUGUUUCUGAAGCCGUGCAGCCCGAGCAGCACACCGAGGAACAACGAGGCGAAGAGCGCGGAAAACUCGUGGAACGCGCACAGCCGGAGCGCGUCUGUGAACAACGGAGCAACUACUCCCAGCGAGCUGAAGCAACCAAAUACAGACUGGACUCUAACCAAGAAUCAAAACUCCUCCAUCAAAAGUUACAACUCCAUCAACAUGGAUGGCACCCUGAUGCGGAAGGCCAUGCAUGCAGACCCGGACAACUAUGUCACUUCCAUGACACCUGGGCAGUACUGGACGUGGGGGACUCACAUGAAAGGCAUGAAAGACUUCAAGAUGUCUCCCUCCCCCAGCGGGCUCCCCCCUCGCCCUUGGACUCCUCGGUGCACCCCUCCACCCCAACAGCAGCAGCCAUCGAUCCCCUCCCACCAACACCCACACCCACACCCACACCCACACCCACACCCGCCGCCCGACUACCACCACAACGUGUACAUCCCCGGAACUCCGUCAGGCUUUUGCACCCUACGGCCCACCGCCCAGCGAAGUGAGCUGGAUGUCCACAACUCCUUCUCUACUUUUGGUAAAAGGCGGCGCCUUCAGAUGUCGCCACAGGGAGAAGCUGCAAUGAUCAAUAAUGACCUGUACAAUGACUGACUUUUCAGUGACUAACUGAAUGGACACCUGAAAUGAUGCGUAACCUCAUAAGAAAACAAAAGGAGUGACCAUUUUCACAUAUAAAUCAAUCAACAUAUGAAUAAUAGGUGGUGUGUAAAUGAAUUGGACAAUCUAUAUUUGAAGAAGGCCGAUGCCUAUCUAUGUGAAAUGCCACUGCAACAUUAUCUAAAUGUGUCUGUUCUUAUUGUCAAUACUUCUAUUUCUGUCAUUACUAUGAUUAUAAUUAUUAUUUAGACAAUCAAACUGGAGCAGCAAUUCCACCCAAAAUAUUUUUAAAAGCAUAUGUGAACAUUGAUUUUGCACAUUCUUAUGAAUUUAUAUUUUUGUUUUUUAUUGGAAAGCCUUUCUGUUUUUUAUGUUGGAUUUCUUUCGAAGCUUGUGUAAAUAUGACAAAAUGUUAUGUAAAUGUAUAUGCAAGCUGCUAUACGAAGCAAGCUAAUGUAAUGAUGGGUGAUUUUUGUUCCCCACAUAUGUACUGUAUACAUUUAUGAAAAUAAAGUAUUUUUUU